UACCUUGGCUAUAUGCCUGCGCUGCAUGCAGUAGUACACUGCAUUGUGUUAAUACGGUAGUGAACCUUUGAAGCAAGUAGUUAGCGUAGCAGACGACUCCGAGAUGGCAGAAAACGUUGAAGUUGAGAGAGUUUUGGUGACAGGUGCAUCGGGUUACAUCGCAUCCCACAUAGUACAGCAGUUACAGGAGGCCGGCUAUGCAGUGCGAGGCACAGUGAGGAGCCUGACAAAUGAGGCUAGGUUCCAGCAUCUCAAGGAGCUGUGCCCUGAUGCUGCCCAUGAGCUGGAGCUAGUGGGAGCAGAGCUGGAGAAUGAGGAAUCUUGGAAGAGUGCUGUGGAUGGAUGUACCUAUGUCUUACAUACGGCCAGCCCCUUUCCUCUGGCCCUCCCAAAUGACGAGAAUACUGUCAUCAAACCGGCAGUAGAGGGCGUCACAAACGUGCUCAAGGCAGUCGCAGCCAAUGGGAAAGUUAAACGAGUGGUCGUGACAAGUGCUGGAUUGGCCAUUUGCGGAUCUCUAUCAAACAAAGAAUAUUCUGAGAAGGAUUGGCCAGACGAUAUGGAUGGAUUGUUGCCGUACCCUAAGAGCAAGACCUUAGCUGAGAAAGCUGCUUGGGACUUUGUAGAAAACCUCAAAGAGGAGGAGAAGUUUGAGCUUGCGGUGGUGCAUCCUGUCGGCGUUUGCGGCCCUAUCCUGAGCAAGAACGAAUCAACGAGUACGGAGAUCGUGAAGCGCCUCAUGCUCCGGAACCCUUUCCUCCUACCCAAGGUGAACCUUCCCCUUGUAGACGUGCGUGAUGUAGCGGCUGGUCACAUCGCAGCCAUGAAGUGCCCUGAGGCAGCUGGUAACAGACAUAUCCUUUGUGGAGGUAACAUCUGGUGGAAUGAGAUGGGAGCUACACUAAGAGCAGAGUUCAAAUCACAAGGCUACAAUGUUCCCACCAAACUGACACCAAAGAUCUUCAUUCGUAUGGCGAGUCCGUUCAUGAAGGAAACUAAGAUGAUUCUCCCCAUUUGGAAUAAAGUCUCCAAAUUUGAUAACACACGGAUGAAAGAUGUGCUGAAGAUUGAACCAAGAGAUCUGAAGACUUCGUUGAUUGAGAUGGCAUACAGCAUGAUAGAGGCUGGCAUCGUCAAGAAGUCACCCAAGUACAGAGGCCCGGGAGGGGCGGAGCCUGUUGCUAACGGUGACGGGGAAGUCCCUACAGCCAACGGUCCCACCACAGAGGGAGAGGAUAAACCAGAGGAGACCAAGACAGAAGAAGUGAAAUCUGAUGAGAAGGAAGAAGGAGCCAAAGAGGAACCAAAGUCAGAAGAACCAGCAGCAGACACCGGUGCACCGGCAGAGAAGACAGAGGAUAAACCAGCUGAUGAGGCAGCUGAAAAACCGGCGGAAACACCGGCAGAGGCACCAGCAGAAACACCGGCAGAGGCACCAAAAGAGACACCAGCAGAAACGCCAGCAGAGACACCAGCAGAGACGCCAGCAGAGACACCAGCAGAAGACACUGAAAAGGCAAAGGAAGCACCAGCAGAGAAAACAGAAGAUGCUGAACCUGUAGCUGAGGAGAGUAAAGAAACAGCUGAUUCAACAGGCGAGACUGGGGCAACGGAAUAGACUCUGGAGGAAGAACAACAACUCCAGGAUGAAGGGCUCCUGUACAACUCACCAACAGAAUCAGAGGGGUGUUUCACAAAACUUCUCAUCAGUGACAAAUGACAGUUUUUGUUAUAAGCUACUGGAAUCAUUGCUUCUGAUUGGUUAUCAGCAGAUUUAUCACUGAUUUUUGUCAUUUGUCAUUGUAAAAAGGCUUUGUGAAACAGGUCCUAGAUCUCUAAGAUGGAUUGUGGGGGUAGAAGAACCAGGAGUGACAGGCAUGCAAAUGGUCUAAUAAUCAUAAUCAUCGUCAUAAUCAUCACCACAAUGCCAUUGCUCACAUGCAUGUAUAUUUCUUUUCACUGAAUGUCAAAACAGCUUGCCAGAUCACAGCACAGCAGUAAACAAUACUUCUUGAAGUUUAUUAAUCACACAUUCAAAGCAAUACUUUCUAUGCCAGAUGAGGCUGAUAAUGAUAGAACUAAAACUAAAAUAUUAAAACAAAUAUUUUGGCAUCAAGGUGGUCUUGUAAUUUUUCAUAUCUUGCCUUACAUAUUUUAGGGAUUAUAUUGAUUAAAAGAAAACUGUAAGUGGAAAGUAUUGCAACACAAAUGGCUGUCUCAGUGAAACAAAAUUCAUCACAUCUAACCUAAAUAGUAGAUUAUUGGAGAAAGAGACCACAGCCCCCCCCCCCCUCCCCUUGCUGCUACAUGGUGUAUGGGUGUAUACUAUCGUUUGUCUUUUUGAUAAUAUUUACCAUUUAAUCACCCUUUCUUUGAUGUACACUUACUCUUUUGACUUUGCAUAUUUCCACAAAAAGAAUUCCACAAAAAAUGUUGCUGUUUUUGAUUGGGGCAUUCUAUAAUGCACCUGCAAGGUCAUAUUACAGUCAUACUGAGUGGUCAACCAUGGUCUCAGUUUCAUGCUGGUACGUACUCUACGUGUGUCAAUGUAGUGGGGUCAUUCCACAGUCACGCAGCUGAAUUGACCCCAUGGACACCGACUCGGGCCAAACUGGGGAGAAAUUUGUUUGUAAGCUCUAUCAAUUCUGUACUCCAGCACAUGUCAUGUACAUGAACAUGUCGACGUUGUUCAUGUUUAAAAUUUAAGGUAUGAGUCAAAUCUUAUGAUCCAAUUCCAUAUAUAUAUAUAUUUUGUUUCUUUUUAAGAUCUUUUUAAAUAUUCUUUCAAACAUCAGUUUAAACAUUCCCUUCUUACUUUGAUCCCAAAAUGUGUGAAAAUGUUUUAUUUCUUGGUUAACUUCCUCAGCACAAUAAUUUUUAAUUUGCUCCUGGAAAUGUUGGAGAGUUCAUUUUCAAAUGGUUGAAAUCUAUUUUUUCUUGCUACUUCAUUUAUUUCUUUAAGUAUUCCAGGAGCCUUGGUCAAUCAUUGGCAUCUCUGUUGAUAUAUCAUGCUUCUUAUGAAUAUUAAUGUAUUACUAUGUUUGCAUACUACACAACUUCAGUAUUGCUUUUUUGAAAGAAAUAUUCAGUACAAUGUAUUUAUUAUUGUUUUGUAUUCACUUUAAUUUGCAUGAUCAUGAAUGUGAAUUGAUAUGGCUUGUGUGUAUUUGAUAAUAUGCCUGCAUUCUAUGUUUUACUAUUUUGCAUAAUAUUUCUUAUUUAAUGAUUCAUCAUUGGAAUUCAAUUAAUCUGGUUGAAUAAUUAGUCUUCCAGUUAAUUUUGACAUAUGCCUUUUGAGUAUUAUUUCAAGUGAUUAUUAUGUUCUGGAUUAUCUUCCAUUUUAGUAUAGCUUUGGUGAAAAUGAGAAUAAGAUUUAAUUUAUUAAUGUACUAAUAUCAGUGACUUGAAUAGUAAAUUUCCCUUAGUAGUUGUCUUGGAAUAUAAAUUUAAGGUAAAUUAUUGUUGAAAGUGAAAAUCCCUUUAUUAAUACAUUAGGAGCCUCGGCUUGGUCUGUAACUUGGCCUUUCUUAUUUACAUAAUGUAAAUAUAUGUAAAUAUGCUUUAAAACGUGCUAUGACUAAACAGGGAAAAAGCAUCAUGUGCAAACAAAAACAAACAGUAUUUGAAUGUGCUUAUGUGCAUUGUCUUUAUUAAAUCAUCUUGCCUUUUGAAUGUAUGGUGUAUAGGAAUUUGGUCAGUGACAUUGUAAUACACUUGUAAGAAUCUGUUAAGUAACUAUGUACAUGUAUCAGUCAAGCAUUGAAAAGUAGAAAAGGGAAUUUUGUGGCUAUUUUUUUAUUUCAUGAGUGAAUGCAAU